UGGCGGCAGCGACGGUGGCCGGGAGGGCUCAGGCUCCGCGCGAAGGUGGCUUGGGCUCCUCUGGGCGCCCGCCCAGGCGGCAGGAAAGACACUGAGGCGGCGGCGGCGAGGAGGAAGAGGAGGAAGCGGCAGCCAGCUGCCACGUGGAAUGGUGCCAUGGCCAACUCCUCAGACAGCGACGAGGACAGCUUCAUGGCCGUGGACCCCGAGGAAGCUGCGGUCGACGGGGCCACCAUGGAGCAGGAUGAGGGGGAGCCCAGCGCCAGGCCGGAGCAAGAGGCCGAGGGCGAGGGAGGGGGCGCCCGGCUCCGCCGGUCCAUGCAGGAGCUGCCGGAAGAAGUGCUGGAGUACAUAUUGUCCUUCCUCUCGCCCUACCAGGAGCACAAGAUGGCAGCCCUGGUUUGCAAACAGUGGUACCGCCUUAUCAAAGGUGUGGCCCACCAGUGCUACCAUGGCUUCAUCAAGGCGGUUCAAGAAGGCAACAUCCAGUGGGAGAGCCGCACCUAUCCCUACCCUGGGACCCCCAUAACCCAGCGCUUCUCACACAGCGCCUGUUACUAUGAUGCCAACCAGUCCAUGUAUGUCUUUGGCGGCUGCACCCAGAGCAGCUGCAACGCUGCUUUCAACGACCUCUGGAGGCUCGACCUGAACAGCAAAGAGUGGAUCCGGCCACUGGCCUCAGGCUCUUACCCUUCGCCCAAGGCGGGGGCCACCCUUGUGGUAUACAAAGACUUGCUGGUGCUGUUUGGAGGCUGGACGCGGCCCAGCCCUUACCCCCUGCACCAGCCAGAGAGGUUCUUCGACGAAAUCCAUACCUAUUCGCCCUCUAAGAAUUGGUGGAACUGCGUGGUUACCACCCAUGGACCCCCUCCCAUGGCUGGCCACUCCUCUUGUGUCAUCCAGGACAAAAUGAUUGUCUUUGGGGGGUCCCUCGGAUCUCGGCAAAUGAGUAAUGAUGUCUGGGUACUGGACCUGGAGCACUGGGCCUGGUCCAAGCCAACCAUCUCCGGGCCCACCCCUCAUCCGCGAGGAGGCCAGUCGCAGAUCGUCAUAGACGACAAAACCAUCCUGGUCCUCGGAGGCUGUGGGGGCCCAAAUGCGUUGUUCAAGGACGCCUGGUUGCUGCACAUGAGUUCCAACCCUUGGACCUGGCAGCCCCUGAAGGUGGAGAACGAAGAGCAGGGCGCCCCAGAGCUCUGGUGCCAUCCGGCUUGCAGGGUGGGGCAGUGCGUGGUGGUCUUCAGCCAGGCCCCUAGCGGGCGGGCGCCUCUCAGCCCCAGCUUGAACUCCCGCCCGUCCCCCAUCAGCGCCACCCCGCCGGCCCUGGGUCCCGAGGCGCGGGAAUAUCGCUCCCAGUCCCCGGUGCGGACGGCAGAUGAGGCGCCCUGCGUCAACGGCCGGUGGGGCACCCUGAGGCCCCGGGCACAGCGGCAGACACCCUCUGGCUCCCGGGAAGGUAGCCUCUCGCCGGCAAGGGAGGACAGCUCACCCAUCCUGAACGGCAGCGGGGGCUUGUCACCCGGCCCCUUGGCCACAGGGGGGGCCUCUCUGGACAGUCCCCUGCAGGCCGCUUCUCCCGGCACGCCUUCCGCCAUCAAAGGACAUGACCCCAAGGCCGGCCUGCCCCUGGGCCCCCGGCGAGGCUCCCUUCCUGACCAGAAGGACCUGCGGCUGGCGGUGGCUGACUUAACCUGGGAGCCGAAGCCUCCGGCCACUUCCCUGGCCUGCCAACUGGACGCUGCAGAGAACAGGACGGUCAGCCUGGCCUUCAGGAACCCUCCGGAGCAGACCAACGGCCUCCACACCCCACCCCACACGGCCAGCUCCUUGGUGGGCGCUGUCUCCCCUGGCGCCUUGAGGCGAAGUCUGGAGGCGGUGAAAGCCCUCUCGGCCAAGGGGCCCCCUACUCUGGCUGUCCUCAGCCCCCCUCUGGUCUCCUCGCCAGCGUCCCCUGGCAGCCAGAGCAGCAGCGCUAGCGGUACGGAGGCGGCGGCAGCCCCCAGCAUCCCCCGGCCCGUCUCCGCCCAGGGGGACGGCCAUGCCUUGCCCCCCAUCGCCCGCCGGCUCGGCCACCACCCGCCGCAGUCCCUGAACGUGGGCAAGCCCCUGUACCAGAGUGUGAACUGCAAGCCCAUGCAGAUGUACGUGCUGGACGUCAGGGGGGCCCAGGAGCACGGGCGGGUGGCCUGGAAGGUCUUCCACAGCAGCUGUGUGGUCGGGCCCCCCGAGACCAGCCUGCACACCGUGGUCCAGGGCCGGGGGGAGGUCAUCAUCUUCGGCGGCCUGAUGGACAAGAAGCAGAACGUCAAGUACUAUCCCAAAACCAAUGCCUUGUACUUUGUCCGAGCAAAGAGAUAAUGCAGCAGCGGAAGCGGCUCCCCCCUCCCCUCAAGACCCCCUCGUCGUCGUCCUCUUCCUCCGUGCUCUGUCAAGCGGGCUGUGAAUCUGGGCAUCCACCCACCAAUAAAAAAAAAGAUCUAAGCAACUGGCACAAAUGCUCUUACCCCUCCAGGUCCCAGCAUGAGCCCAAAGUGCAAAAAACCACCCUUUUUUCAGAGAGGGGUGGUGGUUCCAGAGUGGAGGGUGGUGAGCAGACCCUUCAAUGCACAUUGUGGCUUUCUCAACAUACUUCCAACCACAUAGCAGUUGUGGAGGGUUGCCAAGGGAUGGGGGGGGGGACACCAUUCUGCUCCCUGCUCUGGGGCUGCAGCAAUGCUUGGGACCCACCUUGGAUGCUUUCCCCUGACCAUUAUCCUUUGGGAACCCCCCACCCCAGUUCUUUCUCUUGUUGCUGUAGCCCCCCUGAAAGUUGCCUCAGGCGGCGUCUGGUUGCUGUGAGUCUCUGGAUGAAUGUCCCUUGGAGCAGGGUGGUUGAGAUGUUCCUGGCCAUGAGGAGCAGCCUGGCAGGGCGUGCUGGUCCAUCACAGCAAAAGCAGCUAGCUGUCGGUUGGGGUGGGGCCAGAGCGGCUUAAAGCAGUACCAGCUUAUUUUGCGGAUGCCACAGGAAGGGCCCCCAUUGCUAGCCCUGUGUGUGAUGGGAGGGGCCUUUGUCCGUGGAGUCCUGCUGCUCCCGCAUGCGCAAGAGAGUUAGCAAGCAAGCAAACCUGAAGUUUGGACCUAUACUGUUUCAGUGGCUCGUGUUGCAGCCUCCCUGCCUGCCUUUCUUUUGCAGCCGCUACAGUGGAAAUGGACUUACUUUGGCAUCAGAUUCCUUUCUGGUUCCUAGAGGAAGCACUAACUCCUCCCAGCGGCUAGGGUGGGGGGAGAGGCUCUUGUGGCUGCUGCUCCCCACCAAAGCAUGCUUCCAGAUUGUGAAGGAAGAGGGGCAGGAUCCACACACAGGCCCCCCGGGUUCAUAGCUGAGCAGGAGCACUAGGCUGCCCCCUUGGUCCCUGGCUUUGGCAGCCCUGGCAGGUGCCAUCGGCGGGGGGAGUGGGGGACAGCAGACGCUUCAACAGCAGAAAGAGCGGGACAGGCCCUGGAGGGAGCAGGAGGCAGCUCUGGGGGCUGCAUGUUGAGCAGAAACUCCCUCUGAUGUGAUGAAAAACUACAUAUGUAGUUCACUCCCAUCUUUCCAUUGCCAGCAAUAAUACGAAGUGGCUUCUAGAGGUUUUCCAAAAGUGCUCCAGGCCAAAAUUCAGGCCAGCCUUCACCCCAGAUGGUGGGCAGUUGGGAGGGCCGUCCCUAGAGGCCACUGGCUGCUCUCGCUGGUCUAUGUUUUUGCUUCUGGCCACCCUGCCUUGCCGGAUGUCCCGAGCGCUUUUCAUCUUCCCUACUUCUAGGACCAGAAAGGAUAAAAAGAAAGCUCCAUACAUUUCCAAGCUCUCUUUUCCUGGCUCUGCAUGCUGGGUAAGGCAGGAAUGGGGUGGGGAGUCCAGGAUCUACCACCCCCACCCCAUAUGAUACCAGCUGAUUGAAAUCCCACCUUCCUGAGCUACACGACUGCCUUAAAACAUGCUUUUGACUUGACAGAAGUGGGGCAUGAACCCCCUCGCCCUCCACCUCCAAAGCACUUGGCAAAAUUUUCCUUUGCAUUGCAAAGGUGAAGCUCAAAGCUUUCUUAGUUGUUGCGAAGUUGCCACAACUGCCCCCCCCCCAACAAAAUUUAGAGGUGUUCUCUUCUUGCCCACCCAUCCACCACCCCGCGGCCAAGAAAUCCAGCAUUAUGUUUUGGGCAACAUCUUCAGCUACUAGGCGCAUUUCACCCUGCCUCCCUUCCAAUGCCUUUAGUCCUUGUUUUUUUGCGGGGGGGGGGAGCUGCUUUAUUUUGUAUUCGCCUGAUGGAAGUACAAUAGAGACGCAGCCAUUCCUCCCUACUGACUGGAGUGACAAUGCCCCCCCCCAACUUCUGCCCUACAAAAGGGAAGCAGUGCCGCGUGGGGGGCUGCAGUCGUGAUCCCCACCUCUUAUCCGGCCUUGAAAUGCACCCUGGGGAGAACGGUCCUGUGGGUGCUUCGUUUGUGGGUGUCCCACCCGUGGCAGAGAUCCUGUGAUCUCCCAGCUCCCCCCACCCACAUUUCCUGACUUAUGAAUGGCAGGAAGGCCCCGCCCAGCUUCCACGUCCCCCACCGCCAGGACCAGCAAAAUCCACACCGUCCGUGACCUGCGUAUAAGAUGGCAAUAUACGUUCUUGCCCCCUCCCGUUGCUCGAAAAUGACUCCGGUGCGCCCAAGACGCACUCCAACCACCACCCGUCUCCCCCACUCGUCCUUGUAGACUCUCCCCCACACCCGGUGUAAGAAUGGAAGUGGAUCGUAUUUAAGAAAAGGGGUCUGUGUAGAUUUCAUUUUCCUUUUGUUCCAUGUUACAACCACCCCCUACUCC